UACCGGAAGCAGGUCUGCCGCUCUGUCGGUACUGAAUUCGAGCGCGGCAUUACUUCUCUGGAUCGCGCGCGAUGCGGGGCAUCAGGGCGUUCGUGGGCUCCGCGGCCCUGUGGGCUCUGCUGGCCGCCCGCUUCGCGGCGGCGGUCGAGCCGGUGAGCAUGGCCAUCGCCAUCGGGGCCGCGUCGAUACUCACCAGUUACCUGACCUACUCGGGCGCGUUCUGCCGCUUCUCCGAGUGCUGCGACGAGGAACGGACCCUCAACGCGUCGGCCCUCAAGCUGAACUUGGAGGCAAAGCUGUUUGGACAGCACCUCGCCACCGAAGUGAUUCUCAAGGCACUGACCGGCUUCAAGAACAAUAAAAAUCCCAAGAAAGCACUGACUCUGUCCAUGCACGGCUGGGCUGGCACGGGCAAAAAUUUUGUCAGCCAGAUUGUGGCUGAGAGCCUCCACCCAAAAGGCCUGAAGAGUAACUUUGUCCACCUGUUCGUCUCUACCCUGCACUUCCCUCAUGAGCAGAAGACAAAACUGUACCAGGACCAGCUCCAGAAGUGGAUCCGAGGUAAUGUGAGCGCGUGUGGCAGCUCCGUCUUCAUCUUUGAUGAGAUGGAUAAGUUGCAUCCCGGGAUCAUUGAUGCAAUCAAGCCCUUCCUCGACUACUAUGAGCAGGUGGAUGGGAUUUCCUACCGCAAAGCCGUCUUCAUCUUCCUCAGUAAUGCAGGCGGGGACCUGAUAACUCAGACAGCCCUGGACUUCUGGCGGGCAGGAAGGAAGAGGGAAGAGAUCCAGCUGAAGGACCUGGAGUCUGUGCUGUCCGUGGGCGUCUUCAACAACAAACACAGUGGUCUGUGGCACAGUGGGCUGAUAGACAAGAACCUCAUCGACUACUUUAUCCCCUUCCUGCCCUUGGAGUACAAACAUGUCAAGAUGUGUGUGCGGGCAGAGAUGCGGGCCCGAGGGCAUGCUGUCAACGAAGACAUCGUCACCAGGGUGGCAGAUGAAAUGACAUUUUUCCCCAAAGACGAGAAGAUCUACUCGGACAAGGGCUGCAAGACUGUGCAGUCACGGCUAGAUUUCUAUUGAGCUCUUCAUCCCAUGGGGUAGGAAGAUCCAGGGGAGGGGAGCCUCCCACCCCCUCCGGGGCCUUGCCUUGUGGAAACACUUUGAAGACCCCCCUUGGGGCUUUGCACAUUUGCACCCGUGGACUCUGGGGAUGUUGUCAGUGCUGCAUGGCAGCAUCUCAAGAUGAACUUGUAGAACCUAACACUGCUACUGUGAACCAAGUGCCUAGAGACAUGAACACAGGAGGCCUGUGAACACAUCCUGUGUGGUCAAGGUACUGUGGCUCAGGUGCCACUAAUGGGCUGCAGCCUUGAGGAACCAGGUUUUUCCUUCUAGGAGCACCCACCUGUGUCUGGGGUUUUUUUUUUUUGUGUGUGUGUUUUUUUUGUUUGUUUUUUCCUUGCCCUGAGCUGGCACUCCAUGACAGUUUUCAGAAGCUAGUGGCAUUGACAGAUGCUUGGUCUCUGAGGCUCCUGUGGCACAUUGGGACACAGCCUUUUGAGGCUAUUCCUUUCCUUAGCUGCUGCUCUCGCAGCCCCCGCUGUGGAAUUCUCUCACCUGUCUCCUCUGUGUGUGGGUCUGCCUUCGACCUUGUCCUAGCCUCAUCCUGGGCCUGUCAGAACAGACUGAAGCUUUGGAAGUCUUGGUUCCUGUUUGCCUGUUAAACUUACUCUGAAGGUACAGCAUGCAUAGGAAGAGUGAGCUCUGGGCCAGGGCCCCCUGGCCACACACCGUAUGCUUAGACUCUGUCCAAAGGAGUGCCACACAUACCAGAGAUGUCGGUUUUUUUAAAGGACAUGAAUAUUUUUAAAACAUGUUUUUACUUCUAAAUCUUAGGUAAUAAAGUAUAAGGUGCCGUAUAUUUUAAAACCUAAGAAGUGCCCAGUUAGUGGUGGUGGCACACCCAUGUCUUUAGUCCAGCACUUGGGAGGUGAGGCAGGUGGAUCUCUGAAUUUGAGGACAGCCUGAUCUACAAAGUGAGUUUCAGAACAGCCAGGGCUGUUACACAGAGAAACCCUGUCUCAGAAACCAAAAACUUAGGAAGGACAUAAAAUAGAGUAAGUAUCCUUAGUAUUCCCAGGCUUUUAUUGUUGCUGGGUGUGGGGGCACAGUGCCCACCAUCCUAGCAGGAAGAUCAGGAUUCAGGGUUCCUCUGCUAUGUUGUGAAUUGAGGCCAGCUUGAGCUACAUGAAACUCUUUAAAGAGGGCAGAAAAGGGUUUUGGGGUCAAAUGGGCAGCAUGGAAUGAUAUGGACACAAUUUUAGACUCCACGGUCCCUCAGUUUGUGGUGGGUCUCGGGUGUCCUCUCAGGGUGAUGUCCUUAGGCAGCACUGGGCCGGGCUGCUCUGACGGUUGGAAAGCCAGCCUGCAGUUCUGGCCUUGUGAGCCGCUCUGCUCUGUCCCACAGUCUCCAUGCAGCCACAGACAUGAGAACUCUGCCCUGUGUUUACAGAAUGUGGGAGAAUGGCUUUUUCUAACAUGGAAACGCCUUAUUAGAGAAUCACAUUUAGUCUUUUAAAAAUGCCAAGGUGAACUGGGUAUGGUGGUGCACACCUUUAGUCCCAGGACCUGAGAGGCCAGUCUAGGCCACCACACAAGGGAAUAGCAGGCCCGUGGUAUACAUGCCUGUAAUCCUAACACUUGGGAAGACGAGUUUAAAACCAGCUGAGCUACAUACAAAGAGGAAACAAAGCCUGCCAAAGUGAGGCUGGCUUCCAUGUCAUGUUCUUGAGUUGGAGCCAAGUCACCAUUUAACCUGUUGAGUGCCUGAUCAAGAAGAAACAAGCUUUUCUGUUUACAAUGAUGCAAUAUGUAGACACGUGUUGGCCACCUUUGGACUGUUGCUGUUACUGAUCUGUAGCCUGGAAAGGCCUGGGCCUGGCCCAGCUUCUCCACCCUGUGAGAAGGCAUGAGGAGAGCUGGACACGGACUAAUAAAGCCAAUGCAUUGUCACUUUUA